CGUGCUGGGUGUGGACACACUGGCGCAGCGAGGUAAACACAACGCAAUAUUUCGUCGGAAUUUCACCUGGUUUUCACCUGGUCUGCCGCGCAAUAAAACCGCCCAAUUAGUGCCCAAAGUGCGGCACAGCUAAUGAUAAUGCUCGAAUCAAAUGGAAUAAAGUGCGAUGAGAUAAUCGGGCGAUUCGGGCGGCAAACGGGUAACUGCGUGUCAAGUGGAAAAUAAGUGAACGGGAAGAGGGGGUGGCGGGUUGACUAAAAAAAACAAAAACAAAACGCGAAAUCGAAAAGUAAACGGGCAACAACAACAACAACAAGGGAAGGGCGAGUGAAAGAAAGGUGCGAGAAAUUCACCUGUCCCCGUGAGCCGAUUAAUUGAUGACGUGGAAGGCGGACGAAGGACGCGGGCCACAGGAUAUAUACAUAUUUUCCAGUGCAGCACCUCAUGCACAUGCAUGCUGCACACACACACACACGCACUCGCGCACACAAACAAACCAACAUUCAUGCAGAAAACCAGUUGUUUAGUUGUUGCCUUUGUUGUUGUUGCUGCAAAUGAGAAGUGCAAGUGAAGCAGCAACAGAAAUCCUGCUCUCAAAAGUACAAAGCGAGGAAAAGGAGAAAAUAAAUAAGCGGAAAAAAGGGCCGAGAAGAAAAGGUGCGACAACGACAAAAGUUGUUUGUCAACUUGUUGCCAAUGUUGCAGCCACAAAGUGGCUGGCUGUACAAGCAGCAGCAACAAAAACCCAGCAUUCUGCAUCGGGCGAAUCCAGGCGAAAGUCCCAGGUCCUCCGCAGGAUAAUAAGGCGCUUCCAAGACGCAGCAUAACAAGUUUAGAAGAAAGUAAAGGGAUAUCCUGUUGUUUGGCUCAAAAGAGGGUACCUCUAUAAAAACCACAAAUACCAUCUGCAAACAGGUGGAAAAUAAAGCAAUGCUCCUUGGGUAAUAUAACAAUCAUCAAAGAGUUACUGGAUUUAUAAGCAAUAGAAACAGAAGAAAACAGAUUUGGAAAAAUUAUUUAAAGAGCUGACUCGGAAAUAAUUUCAGCACUUUGGAAACGAUUUGGGAUAUAAGAACAGGCUAAUAAGAGCCCAAAAAACCGAACACGUCAAGAACUACAACCAAAUUGGAAAGGAAUCUUUUUCAUCUUUAUAAGGACUAGGCCAUUGGAUUUUGUCAGAGGUCCUAAGUUCCUGCAAGUUAUUUCGGUUAUUAAAAGUACCCCCGCCCGCAAUUAUGUCCACGGUUACCAGAAGCGCCAGUGCGAGUCCCAUGGCGCUCAACGGCGUCAUCGAUGCCAGCCUGUUCCCCCUGAAGUCCACGGCCGAUGUGGUCAAUCUGUUCCGUCGCGCUUUGACCUCUGGCAUCGAGCCCGAUCUCACCCUGCUCUCGAUUGUGGUCGGCUAUAUUGAGCUGUCUUUGACGACUGGAGAGGCUGCUGCUCAGGCCGCUCAAGCCGCCGCCGCCGCUGCCGCAGCAGGUGACAUCGGUCAGGCGGCGACAGGAAACGACAUCAUAAUGGGAAACAGCGUUCCCUUUCCGGUGGUGACCCACGAACUGAUCGCCGGACUCUACAAAAAGUUCCAGACGAUUCUGUCGGUGGUCGAGAAGCCAAAGCCCCAUCGCCAGGCCACCAGAGAGGUGAUCAAGAAGGUGUCGGACGUGAUCUGGAACUCGCUGAUCCGCAGCAGCUACAAGGAUCGGGCGCAUCUGCAGAACCUAUACAGCUACCUGUCCGGCAACAAGUUGGACUGCUUUGGAGUGGCCUUGGCCGUGGUGGCGGGAUGUCAGUUGCUUGGCUACAAAGACGUGCGACUGGUCAUCUCCGAGGAUCAUGCCUGGGUGGUAUUUGGGCAGAAGCGCGUGGAGACCAUCGAGGUGACAUGGCACGGAAAGGGCAGCGAGGAUAAGCGGGGUCAGGACAUUCGCCCUGGCAUCGAAUCCGGAUCCUGGCUUUAUUUGGGUGGUCUGGCGGUGGUUUGUGAGCGCGGCAUGGAGGUGGCGGCUAUUUGUGCCGCUCUGAAUAUCUCGUUGACCUCGAACAGUGACUGCGUGGAGGUGGCAGAGCUCCAGCAGCAGCUUCUGUGGCUACUAUAUGAUCUCGGCCACCUCAAACGAUAUCCCAUGGCCCUGGGCACUCUCGGUGAGCUGGAGGAGAUCCAUCGGACACAUCCGAGCAUAAGUUGCGAGCAGCUAUAUCGCGAGGCCAUAGAGUCGGCCAGGACCUACUACCGCAACCAUCAUGUAUAUCCGUACACCUACCAGGGAAACUACUUCAACCGAUUGCUCAAGUACCGAGACGCCUUUGCCGCAUGGGCAAAUGCGGCGGAUGUUAUCCGUUUGUAUACGUACCAGUGCCGGGAUGACGAGGAGAUUUACAAAGAGCUGCUGGACAUUGCAAACGAACUAAUACCCUAUGUGAUGAAAACGGAGAGUUCCGGUCAUUCGGCGAGAAGUAUCCUAAGAGAUUCGGAGGUGUUCGCAAACUUACUGCGAUUCUACGACGGCAUUUGUCAGUGGGAGGAGGACAGUUUGACGCCCAUACUGCACAUUGGUUGGGCCAAACCGCUGGUGAAUAACAUCACCAAGUUCGAUUAUGACAUUAGGUCCCAGGUGGUCAUCAAGCUGCCCGAGGAUCUGGAGGCGGAGCACGCCAAGGCGGAGCAGGCGAGGGCAGAACAGGAGGCUAAGGAAGCUAAGGAGUCGAAGGAAGCUGCAGGAUCAGAGGCUUUGGAGGGAAACAACAAUACUUUGGUGAAAAAGGAAGAGAAAACAAAACAUUCGGAGAUGCCGACUACUUUGGCCGAUUUAACGGCUGCCUGCGGCGAGAAGAUUCUCAAUCCGGACUUCCUGCUCCAGGGCGGAGGUCAACCCUUUGCCGACCAGAAGCAACAACCUCCUGGCGGGGAAUCCGAAGUUACAGAGCUCCACAAUAACAACAACAAUAGCAACAGCAAUAACAACAACCAUAAUGCAGACAAAAAGGAGGCUCCAUCAACUACCGGAACAACAACCACAAGCAAUGGCAGUGGCACCUCUGUCCAGUUGCCCGGUUCCAAUGAGGCUAGCAAUGCCACCGGCCAAGCUCAAUUGCAAUCCCAAAAUCAAACAAACACCCAACAACAGGGAAAACUACAGCACAAAGAAGCUAAAAAGGAGGAGACAAGCGACGACUACGAUCCCUACGAGAUAAUGCUCAAGAGGCCAGUGAUCACUUUGUAUAGCCAGAAGAUGAAGGGCUUGAAGGAUCUCCUGCUGGCCGAGAAGCUCAACACCCAUGCUAUUUCCCUCCAAGUCACCGCCCAGUCGGUGGCCUCGCGAAAGGUUCGCGGAGUGGAGAAGCAAUCGGCCACAAUUUCAGCCACCAUCACAGCAAUUUCGUCGAGCUCCGCAGACAGUGUCCUGAGUGGAGUCGCCGGUGGCGGUGGCAGUGGUUCAGGAGCCACUGGAGCAGCGUCUUUGGCAUCAUCGUCCCCAGGAGGAGAUUCAAUAGCCGCCUCACGUCCAAAGAGAACGCGUCGCGAGUAAUUCUCAUUGUUGUGUAUUACGUAUUGGAAAAACUUUUAUUAAUCAUGUGCAAGUUGAGGUGGUUCGAUUUUUGUUUUGUGAAUUAUCUUUCCUUUACUAAAACCAUUUAAAACUAUAAGAUCCAUUUAAGUUAAAGUUAAACUAAAAUCAAAUGGACUAUUUUUAAUCAAUUUGAAAAGACAAUUACUACAUUUUUGACAUUAUAAAUUUUGAGAAAAUCGAGCCACCCCUGUAAUCGUGCAUAUAACAUAUAUGCUAUCAUAUUUUUGAUGUUCGAUGUGUAUUUAUGUAGUUCGUAAGCGCGUGACAAAACAAAAAAACUAAGCCGUUAUAGAACGCCUAGCGUUUUAAAAACAAAUAUAAGAAGUGAAACUCACACACAGACAUGUCCCAACAACAAAAACAGGCACACGAAACGCUAAGCUAUGCUAAGUAUUUAUAAUGUAUUUUUAGCUGUUAUACUUUUUCUCUUACGUAUUUAUUACUACAACUAUGUUUUUUGCCCUCCAGCAUGUUCGAACCUUUUUUUUAUUAUUAUUGUUUAAGCGUAACUUAAAUUGGUGCUCUUCUUCGAAAUCGAAAGCAGACAAAUCGGUUCUGCGUUUGAUUUUGAUCGCAUUUUGAUGACAAACUUAUUAAGGGAAUUAAAGUGAUCGAAAUCAGAAGCGGAUACCGGACUGCUCAUCAUGAUGUAUUUACUUUAAAGCAUUUUAUUGAGGCUAAGCUGUUUAAUUUGACUCUUUAAUAUAUACCCUGUACAUUUAAGAAUUCAAAACUUUGUUACGAACUGUUGACUUGAAGCAACCAAACAGUUGGCAAACCCAAAUGGUAAACACAAGAAUACAUAUUUAACACUUCCUCUAUA